GCUUAUUUAAAGGAUGCCAAAGAAAUUGCGCUCAGGAGAAUGGGGGAUUUUUUUCAUGCUCCUUUCCCACGACACUUCACGGCCCUGAUUUCCCAAGCCCUUUUGCUGUGCGCUUCUUCAGGCCGGGAAGAAGUUAGUGGUGCCCCGCGAGGGAGGAUGGAAAUGGCAGGUGGUGCUGAAGAUGAGUUUGCUGCAGAGAACUGGGAAGGAGCGAGAGGGAGGAGGAGGGGGUGCCUGUCUCCCCAGUAAUGUACGUCCCCCCCAUGCUCUUUGGUCCCGCCGAGGCAGAGGCAAGAGAAUGUCCUCGAUGUUUGGCAAGCCACGGGCCACCCCCAGCGCCACUGACCGUCACCUCCCCAGCCUGCUGCCUGAGUGCAACGUGGCGAUCUUAGGAUGCAGAGGAUCCGGCAAAUCAGCACUGACUGUGAAGUUUCUAACCAAGAGGUUUAUAAGUGAAUAUGAUCCCAAUUUGGAGGACACCUACACGUCAGAAGAAACUGUGGACCAGCAGCCAGUGCUGAUGAAAGUGAUGGACACAGCUGACCAGGACGUACCGGUGAACUGCGAACGCUAUCUCAACUGGGCCAAUGCCUUCAUGGUCGUCUACAGCAUUGACAACAAAAGAAGCUUUGAAGGUUGCCAUCAAUACCUGGAUACCAUUUCCCUCCACGCGAAAGGCAUUCGGCACGAUUAUCCCGUCCUCCUGCUGGGAAAUAAGCUGGAUUUAGAGCAAUACAGACAGGUCACCAAAGCCGAAGGGGUGUCUCUAGCUGCCAAGCACGGGUGCUUGUUUUACGAGGUCUCUGCCUGCCUGGAGUUCGAGGCUGUGCAGCAUGUGUUCCAUGAAGCUGCGCGGGAAGUGAGGAGGGAGAUGGAGCGGAACCUGCCGGUCCGACCGCUGUUCAUCACAGAGGAGAGGCCCUUCCUACACCUUGCUGCCCCGACUGCCAUGGCCUCCAAGCACGGCCUGGCUAGCUGCACACUCAACACUCUCUCCACGGUCAACUACAAAGAGAUUCCCUCCGUGGCACAAGCCAAGCUGGUCACGGUGAAAUCGUCACGGGCUCAAAGCAAGAGGAAAGCUCCCACGUUGACCUUACUGAAGGGCUUUAAAAUAUUUUAAGCCUUGGCCCCUCCAAGGGAUGGGAAAGGAGCAGCCACUGGAUUUCCUGGCAUCCCAAGGAACCUUCUCCAACUUCUGCAGUGGCAUAUUUGACAAUCUCCAUGGCAGCAAUGGCUUACAGACCAUCUUCCGUGAUUUACUGACAAUGCACUUGGCCUUAGAACUACAGCAAAGCACUUUGGUAGGGAUGCAGCGAACAGGCCCGGGAUUGAGUGCAGAAGAGUCUGAAACUUUGUCAUAACUUCCUUCUAAAUCACUGCCUAUUUGUCCAAUCCCUGUAGCUCAGUAUUGACAUGAUAUUUGCACAUUAGUCCUAGCAUUUGCACUGGGUGUUUGUAGAGCUAUUUGUUAUAACAGAAGCAGGACAGAGAGAGGGAGAGAUGAAGCCUAUGUUAUAUUCGUCAUGUCAGCAGGAUGAGAGGCUGAAUGGCCUCGCCCUGUGCGUAGGGUAAAUAAACUUUACAUUGUUCUCCCAAGAGGCCAGAUCCUCUGCUUGUUCAUGUGUAUCACCACUUCUUGAAAAAUCAGCUCCCAUAAAUGCACACUAGCUGAUUAGACAAGAGAUGUGGUCCAUGUAAUAACUGAGUCCAGAGUAUCUAAAUGCAGUGAUCAUGGAGAGGGCACAAAUGCAAUGCUCAGUUUGGUACCCUGUAGUGGGAAUAUUUGGUGGUUGGAAUAUAUGACUUCAUCAGAGCCAGGAUAGUUUAUGGAGACGUAUUGGUUUUCACAAAACUUUUGUCAGGAAGUUUUUAGACAGAGAGAGAGAAAGCAGCUGAGUGGCUCACGCAUUCAGCUGGCCUGCGGGAGAGCAGAUUAGUUGUCAGUAAACUGUCCUGGGAUGAAGGCGGCCUGGGUUAAAGUUCCUGCUUCUGGCUGAUUCACAGCAGAGUUUUCCUCCCAGAUCACUUUGACUCCGGCAGGCCAGGGCCAUGAACCCAGGUCUCUCACAUCCCAGGGGCCUCUCUCUCUUUGCACCCUCGAAAGUUACCACGACGUGGAAUUGAGGUACUCCGGACAAGCUGUAGUAUUUGGCUCCUGUUGUCAGUGCUGAAGAUCUGCAGUGUGAACGCAUAAUGUCUGAUGAAUCUGGAUAGAAGGUAGUCAGAGAUAAGAUUGUUUGGGGUAUCUUGACUCUGAAUUUCCAUACGUUCCAACAUUAGGGGUUUUGGUUUUUGUAGGGUUUUUGUAACUGAAAAUUUCCUAGAUUUCCAGUGUUUGUUAAAAUGUCAGUGUUCUUCUAAGGUUCUGUCCCCUAAAAUGACUGAUACGUAUUUACAGCCCUAACUGGAUUGGUCUGCAAAUCCAGGGUUUGUAUCCUAUGUGACUCCCAUUGAAAUCAAUGGAAAAACUCCCCUUCACUUCCAUGGGAGCAGGAAGAGGUCCAUUGUUUAGUGAUCUACACAUCCCAUUUCAGGUAACUUGCUACAGCGUGUGUGCAGAUGGAAGUCCUUAUUGCUAGUAUUGUGUUCAGCGAAAGCUAGCAAAAUGUUGACACAACGUGCUCCAAGGUCAAUACAUUUCAUUUAAUGACCACAGAGCCCCCCCUAGUGGAAUGUUCGCACACUGCAGCUGGUAUGGCUUCAAAUCAGCAGUGUUUGCAUUUGCUGUUAAAAGCAAUAAGCAAGGUGAGGUUUUUAAAUGAAAUGAAAAAACAUUGCAAAUAUAAUUGCAGCAGAAUAAACACUUCCAGGUACAGUAUAUAAAAACAAUGCCUCUGCACUGAAAGAACUU